AUGCAAGCCUGGAAGAUGAAGCCUUCCGACAUCUACCCCUCGAAGAAGUUUGAUUGUAUCGAGCAACCACCAAAUAGCUUCCAUCUGAUCCUGGACAACUAUUCAGGCUGGGACAUGACGUUUGGUCUGCUCUCGCAGACGUUACAGAACAUUUCGAGGGAAGCCAGGUCAUUUAGAGACGGAGUGCCACCGUUUAAUUUUGAUAUCUUGCGACGACCUACAAUGCAAUUGUUGGCGCAGGGACAGUGGCGGCCUCUCAUUUAUCCAAGCAUCAACCAGACGGGUACGAUUCUGCCUAAUUCAAGCAUAUCAGCAUAUCCCCCCGAUCCAUUUGUCGCCGGGCACGGUAGUCUCGUGUACGUAUUUUCACAUUAUUCGCCACCCUUUCAAUCGAUAUUGAGCCUCGCAACCACUGCAAUGUUCUGCGAAUAUGUCAUCCAGGCUCAACUCGACAAAGCCCACGCAAAGAUCACAGACCAGUAUCCAAGUAAGGAAUUCUAUUGUACGGACGACGAUAUUCUUGAUUCAAUCUCUCUGAUAUACAACCCAAACGCCGCUCGGUGGAAUUUCACUUAUGGCAACAUUCUUUCCACGUUGGAAGAUUUGACUAUCGUAGUGGCAGCAUUUGACAACCGACUGCCCUAUUUUGCCUUUGAGAUCCACGCAAAACUCGAUAAAUUAAGGCCUUUGGUGGCGACCGGGAAUUGGGCAAAGGCGAAACCCGUAACUGGAGCGGUGAGUAUAGCUUCUGAAACACCAAGCAAGACGGAUAGGAAGUGA